UAUUCAUUCACUACUAAGCGCAUACACAUUAUUGAUGACAACAAGUCACUAGUAUUGAUAUCCUCGCCACCGAUGCUCGUGCCGAUAUUGAAUUCUGAGGAAGCGCCCUAUAAUUACGAGUCACCAUUUUCUGCUAGAUUAGUUCAGUCUGAAUUCUUUUCUAAGGCUAUUGUUUUAGCAAGUCCACGGGAAAAUAUCCCAGCACGGUACCUGUUACCAGCGCCUACUGCUCAUCCAACAGCACUGUACUAUCACAAGUGGAAUCCUGAAUACGUGUCGGCCGCUUCAAUGAAUAUAUAUACACAUAAUAACAAAAGUUGCCGUCAAUACCUGAUACCAAGUUUGCGCAUCCUUUUUCGUUCCAGCGACAACGGUGCUUCUAGUCUACGAUCCAAGGUAUUCCUGAAGGAGAUGGACGUAAUCUGUUCGUUUGUAGUUAGCCGACUUGAGAGCGGGAAUGAGCGCUUGAGUGAAUACUCCAUUGUAACCCUGGCCUCUGGUACCUCUGUCGCAAAGUUCGUCCUGAAACGCUGCUAGGGCACCAAUGGCAAACUCCCAUGGACAUAUAUUGAUGGGAGAUCUCUCAAGUUCUUAUGGGCAGUUGUAAAGAG